CUUCCCAGCGAGCGAGGUCUGGCUGCGCGAGAGAGAUGUGUUGGAAUGCGUAGAGUCUCGCGUACUUCCUCGACCGAUUUGAGAGUUUGGAAAUAACUUCUUCCGUAACUUGUUUCUGCAACAACAUCGCCAAAUAACGAGCGAACACCGCUGCUGGUUGAGCAUGUCUGCUCAGACUGUGUAUCCAGCUGCUGCUGGUGUCUUCAUGCCUGUAGAGGUGGGCCAUGACCUUCCCGAGCUGCCUCGCAAUGAUGUGGCAGCCCCUCAGCUAGUGAUGCUCGCUAAUGUGGUGGUUUCAUCCGAGUCGGCUUCCUCAGACUACAAUGCAGAAGAGAAACAAAUGGUGGAACUCAAGACCGUUGGAUGCAACAGCUAUUCUGACAGCGAGGAAGAGGGUGUUAUAAGAUACAGCCUUGACAGUUCGGAGAUGUCUGAGAGCAUGUACGCUGAAAAUGCCACUCGGGUUGAACCAGAGGUGACAGAAAGAGUGAUAGAGCAGGUUGAAAUGGAGCGAGCAGAAGACCUCUCCAACCCAUCUGAAAAGACCCCAUUGGAAUCCUCACUAGCGGAAAAACGUAAGCGCACCCCGGUUGUCAUCUUCGAAUCCAACACAAAGAAGAAGAAGCCUUUCUUUUGUAAACCUUGCCAGUACCAGGCUGAGAAUGAGGAGGACUUCAUUCACCAUAUCCGCGUUCACAGCGCCAAGAAAAUGACGGUGGUAAAUGGCGUGGUUGACUCUGACGACGAUCUGGCCAGUGAGUCGGGCCAAUCUCAAACGCCAAACCCAGAGAAUAGUGAAAGUUUGAGUAACUCCAAAGGCGUGAUCCGCUGUGAACGCUGUGGAUACAACACCAACCGCUACGACCACUACAUGGCACACCUUAAACAUCAUACUAAGGAGGGUGAAGACCAGAGAGUGUUCAAGUGCACCAUUUGUGCUUAUACCACCAUCAGUCAGUAUCACUGGAAGAAACAUUUGAGGAAUCAUUUUCCCAGCAAGCUUUUCACUUGCAACCAGUGCUCAUAUUUUUCUGACCGCAAAAAUAACUACAUACAGCACAUCCGGACCCACACUGGUGAGCGUCCGUUCCAGUGCAUAUACUGUGACUACUCCAGCUCCCAAAAAACUCAUCUCACCAGACACAUGCGAACACAUUCAGGUGAGAGGCCUUUCAAAUGUGACAACUGCAGCUACCUGGCAGCCAACCAGCACGAGGUGACCCGCCAUGCCAGACAGGUCCACAAUGGACCCAAGCCCCUAAGCUGCCCCUACUGCCAAUACAAGACAGCCGAUCGCAGCAACUUUAAAAAGCACGUUGAGCUCCAUGUAAACCCUCGCCAGUUUCUUUGCCCAGUUUGCAAAUAUGCUGCAUCCAAGAAGUGCAACUUGCAGUAUCACAUCAAAUCCAGACACCCAGGAUACUCUGAUAUCUCGAUGGAUGUAUCAAAGGUAAGGCUUCGCGUGAAGAGGACUGACACAGAUGACAUUUCGCCAAAUAAGCUUGCGACAGACCAUCCUGGAUCAAGGCAAAGUGAGGACAAGCAGUUGGGAGAAUUGGAUGAUGUUGAAUCAGGUCCCAUCAACCUCUCUAUUAAAAAACCCACUAAACCCACCCUUGUUGUGGAGACUGAGCUGACUGACAAGACCACAAAGAAAACCCCAGAUGUCACUUUGAAAGAAAAAUCUGGAAAGCCAACCAAACAACUCAAUGAAAAACCUGCAGAGAAAAAGACCAUGCCGAAAAACAAUAAGAAGGUUAAAGGAAAGACUUUGGUGAAAACUGUGGACAUUGCUGUGGCACAAAAAGAGGGCUGCAAUGAUAAACAAGCUAAUAAAAAGGAAAUAAAGAAGGUAGAGAAAUCCCCUAAAUCUGGGGAGAAAGUAAUGAAAGGUCGUCCUAAGAAAGAGAAGGCAUUGAAGGAGACAGCUAAUGAAGUUAUUGCAAAACAUCAACUUAUUGUUGAGCAAAGACUAGAUUUGGAUAAAGAAAGACCAGAGAAAGACCUUCUAGAGAAACAGCAGCAGCAAAAUGAGAAAGAGGAAAGAGAGCGGCUAGAAAAAGAAAAUGGAUUACUGAAUGGGAAAGCAAAGGAGACUGAAGAGAAAGAAAGAACAAAAGAUUGCAAGAAAUCUCAACCCAAGAAACCAUGCAAGAGGGAGACAAAAUUGUCUAAGGUCAACCAUGAAAAAGAUACCCAGAGCAAACCUCUCAAAAGAAAAGCAGAGAACAUGAAAGCACCAGCGACUGAUUCCACAGAAACUAAUUGUCCUUCAAAGCGGGUCAAGCGCACAACAAAAGAUACAGCCAAGCCAUUAACAAGUUCUGGUGCUCCAGAGAGAAUUCGCACAAUACCUGAGGUUUUACAUGCCCUGAAGAGCAAAACCAAAAAUGCUGAGGCAAAUGCAAAGAAACCUGAGAAAAGCAAAGUCCCAGAGAAACGAAACACUCCAGAAGCUGAAAAACAGUCCACCACAGAAACACUGAAGAUACUUGACCAACCAGAUGAGCAGACAUCUAAAGAAGUGACCUGCCAAGAUGAGAGAAACCCGAAGGAGACUGCUUCUGUAGUGGAGGAACUCACAGCUCCAUUCCAACCCCAAGUUCCAGUCUCUGAGCAAGCUGAAGAAACUGAGAACAAGGUCCCACAUGAACCAAAAGAAAUUCCAGAUGUAGACAGCGGAAGUGAGAUGCCAUCACCUACUGACGAGACCUCUCCGGGUUUCAGCCCAACUCUCGAACUUCCUGGUCCACCUGGUCGCAAAUCUACCGACGCAGAGGAUGACGAAGGCAUCCACAGUAAUGAUGGGGGAAGUGACAUCAGUGAUAGCGCCUCUGAAGGAAGCUACGACUCUGGUCUUAAUGGACUGGCUGCUGCCACCGAGGGUGGAGAGAAACUUCCAGAGACUCCAACAGAAGAGCUUCCAUCUCCAUCCAAACUGCUCAGUCACACGUGUAUCUUCUGUGACCGUACCUUCUCUCUUGAGUUGGACUACCGUCGCCACUUGAACCGCCAUUUAGUAAAUGUGUAUUACCUAGAAGGGGCGGCUCAGAGUGACAAGUGAGGGGUAUCUCAUAUGAAAACAGUGCCCAAAACAGUUUUUGAGGUUCUCCUAGACUUCUGACUGAACAAAGCUUGUUCAUGUUGUAAUAAAAAAUAAGGUUCUUAUUGUUUUUGAUGGCUUUACAGUUCAUAACAGAUGACCACAUCCAUGCCUGUUUUUAGUUUGCCAUGAUGCAACAUGAAACAUUAAAAUAACACUGUAUACUUUCAAUUCAGAAAUUAAAUCCAUUGUCAGCUUGUGGUAGGAUCACCAGGGUUUUCUUGUGUUUAUGAUUACACUACUCAGAAGCAACAAAAAGGAGAAAUGCUCUGAAAGCAAGUACACUUUCUCCCUCAAUCCCUGCGGAGAGCUCAGAUUAGCCAAACCCAGGUGGUCCAGCGUUGAAUAGCCCUGAAGAUAAUGGGGCUUUCAGUGUCUUUGUGCAGUUCCACUCCACUGAAGCGCCUCCAUCUCUGGUCAGCAAGAGGCAGAGUGUGUGUUUAAAGCUGGCUAAUGUCAUUGUAUUCAACUGUUUCUUUUUUGUUCCCUUUUACAGUUUAGAGAGCACUUGACAACUAACCAUACUCUUACCUUUGAGGCUCUGUUUCACAUAAGCUAAACAUUACAUUUUUCUGUACACUUCCUGGAGGUCUAUCAUUGAUUACACUUGCUCUGCCCUUAAAGGAAAGUAGCAUGUAGUCUGUAAUAUUUGUGGAAUAGUAGUUUUUUUUUUUCAUUCAUUGUAAAUUUGCUCUCUUUUUUUUUACACUUAGCAUUGUAACUCUCACUUCUUGAGUAUGUAGAUUAUUUUAUCUGUCAAUUUUCUGGUAAUAUUUCAGUUUCAUGCUCUGUCCAAAGAUUUUGUUGCCUUUGUCUGUAUAUAAAUUGUACAUAUUUUCCUUUCUUAUUUUGCUCUUCAGUGCCUCAGACAAUCAAUUUGAUCAUUUUUAUCAAUAUCUCAGAUAUUUAGAUCUCAUUGAUCUUCAAAUUAAAGAAUGACUUGUCUUUUCUAUGUAUUUUACCCAAGCAACAUUCCCUUACACAGAUCAAAUUGGUUAUCUGCAUUGAAAAUCUGUUGAUCCAAAGUUGAUCUAAUCAUAUUGAACAGACCUUUUUGUGUCUUUUUUUAAUAUGAGGGUGAAUGCAUUGAUAUACAUCCCUUGUAUAUCAGUGAAUUUGCCAUGUUAUUCUGACUACAAAGGAAGAAAAAAAAUACUGCAAGAGAAAAGUUAUAGAAAUAAUUUGCCUUUAGUGCAUUGUGCAAUAUUGAUUUUUUGGGUUUAUUACCAAAGCAAGAUGUAGUUUGUAGGAGAAAAACCACAGGCUUCAGAUGCAAAACUAGAAAAUGUACUAUCCACAGGUACUCCGGUGCACCUGAAAAACUGUACUCUUAGACGGUUGGAUACUUCAUCACUGUAAAUUUGUCCUUUUUUUGUUAAGCACUGCUGUUUUGUUUUUUUCUUUAGAAUUGCAUGUUGCCAGGUCACAACUUAGAUUGUGCCAUUUAUCCAUCUUUGUAAUCUCGUGUGUGACUGCCAUUUCCAUUUACUAGUAAAAGAAGUCAAAUUAUAUCAGUUUAAAUGUUGUAAUAAUGUUAUAAUGUUGUCCUCUUGAUAUGACUUUUAUAAUGGCUUUUUAAAACAGUUUACUAUGUGACCUGUAUGUUUAGCUCUAGUUGUUUCAAUAAAAUAAAAGUUUUUUU